AUGGGUCUGUGUAUGCAAGUGUGUGUGUGUAGUGUAGGAUAUACGUUUUGUGUAUAUGAGUCUACUCUGAGUCUGUAUACACCCUGUAUUACAGGCCUGCGUUUUGUUUGCACACACUUUUCUUGCGUGUGAUUUAGUGCAGUGUUUUGUGACCUCUCCUCUCUCUCUCUUGUCUCCUCAGAUAUGUGGUGCUCCCCAGACCAGUGUUUUGAGCCAGGGAUGGACUACACUGUUCGUCUGAGUUUGCCCCUCUACUCUGCACUCAGUGAUGUCCAGUCCCCAUGCACACUCAUUGACUCGGUUAGUCCCCACACACACACUGUUAAACACCUAGACACAACUGAGACUUGUGCAUAAAUAAUGCAUUGAUGUCACUAAAGAACAAAUUCAAGGUACAAGGAUUUAAAGUUGGGAUUCAGCCCUUCGACUCCAUACUAAAUCUAAUUCCAUUCUCUGUAUCUUUCUGUCUUCUCUAUACAUUGUGUGGAUGCCCCACUGUAAGAACCUGGAGAUAUUCACUGGUUCUGAGGGAGGUGACGUGGCCACCAACAGUGCCUGGGACACGUUCCAACGUUACUGCUGUCUGGAGAACAGCCAGAACGUGGUCAAGACCCCCUCCACAGACAUCUGCCGCAACUCUAUCUUUAGCGUGUCAGCUGCACCAGGGAGCUAA